CAUUUGACAUUCCAAAUGUCCCAACACUUAGAAAUAAGUGUUUGUCAACUGUUGCAGAAAAUUUCAGAAACUUUAAAAGCAAGUUGACAUCAAGGUACAUCUUUGGACACCUUAAACAUAAAACUCCAUGUAAUGCAUAUAAGUCCAUUGAUGAGGAGACUUGGCGGGUUUUUAAAGAGAGUCGGAUGUCAGAGGAAUGGCAGGCAAUUAGAAGCAAAGCACAAGGAACAAGUGCUAAGAACAAAAACCCCCACCUAUUAUCUCGUGGUGGGUAUAGGAAGCUUGAGGAGAAAAUCCUCAAGCAAAAGGCAGAUGCUAUACCACCAUCUCAGAGUGGUAGCCCUCCUCAGCCUCCUUCUCCACCGUCUAGACAUGAGAAAUGGAAGUUGGCCCGUAUGCGACCAUCGGGCACCUACUCUUCCGACACUGCACGAGAGAUUUCUGAAAAAAUUGACGCCUUGGUUGAGCAGAGCUCCCAAGGCCAAUUCACUCCAGAGGGUCGCCAGGAUAUUCUUGCUGCUGCAAUUGGACGACCUGAGCACCCUGGACGUGUACGUGCUGCAGGUCCUGGAGUAGGCAUUACGGAUUAUUUUGGGAGCUCUUCUCGUCAGCCUUCAUAUUCGUACAGCGAUACACAAAGGAUGACAGAAGAGAUCACAAAAAAGGUCCGACAAGACCUUAUGCAGGAGAUCAGGGCCGAGGUGAGGGCUGAAUUCCAGAUGCUCUACCAGGAGCAGUUUCAGAGCAUGCGUCCGAUGUAG